ACUAAACAACAGAAGAAAACAAAGUACAUCCAUCUAUCUAUCUAGACUAUCUCUCUCACUCGUCUCUGACUAAUCUUGUCCUAAUAUAUUAUUUUUCGUAUUUCAUUCAUAGUGGAAUCGAUGUUUUUUAGACGAUAGCGUUAAAUACUCGAAAACAUAUCCAUAGAACUUGAACAAAAAAAAAAGUCUCGAAACUAUCUUCAACAGUUCUCAUGGCCGACGAUUCAGUGAUCGAUCCCGAGCUUAUCAUUUCUCACAAAUUCCCCGAGGCGACAUACACCUAUACUGAAAGAGAUGCAGCACUCUAUGCUCUAGGUAUUGGAGCAUGUGCAAAAGAUGCAUUGGAUGAAAAUGACCUCAAAUAUGUUUACCACCCAGAUGGGCAGCAAUCUAUUCAGGUCCUGCCAACUUUUGCUGCUCUAUUUUCUCAUGGACUUGCGUCUCAAAUUUCUCAGCUACCAGGGUUGCGAUUUGAUCCACGUCUUUUAUUGCACGGACAACAAUACAUAGAAAUUUACAAGGCACUUCCUUCUAGUGGUUGUAUACAAAACAAAGCAUAUAUCUCUGGAUUGCAUGAUAAAGGUAAAGCAACUGUUCUCGAGAUUGAAAUUGUAAGUUAUGAGAAAGACUCUGAUGAACCACUAUGCAUGAACCGGAUGUCUGUGUAUUUGAGGGGUAUUGGAGGCUUCUCAAAGUCGUCUCACCCAUAUUCAUACACUAAGAAUCCAAUCAAACAGGUUUCAUCUGUGAAAAUUCCAAAAAGUCAACCCUUUGCAAUAUUUGAGGAAUGUACCCAGCCAUCUCAGGCGUUGCUGUAUAGGCUAUCUGGUGAUUAUAACCCUUUGCAUUCGGAUCCUAUGGUUGCGGAAAUUGCAGGAUUUUCUCGCCCAAUACUGCACGGGUUGUGCACACUAGGCUUUGCAGUGAGGGCUAUUAUCAGAUGUAUAUGCAGAGGGGACCAAAACAUGAUAAAAAGUAUAUCAGGCAGAUUCCUGUUACAUGUCUACCCUUGGGAAACGUUGAUCACAGAGAUGUGGCUUGAAGGUUUGAGGGUUAUAUAUCAGGUACGGGUGAAAGAGCGGAACAAGGCAGUGCUUUCUGGCUUCGUAGAUCUCAAUCAUAUAACUUCAUCGCUGUAAAUUCUCAUGCGGCAUUUCAAAUAAAAAUAAAACUUCAAAUCGUGUAUGCCAUUUGAAGAAUUGUUCCUAGAGUUCUUAACAGAAUAAAUAUAUCUAGAUAAGCUGUACUUUGGACCAUCCCUUGUGAUAUUUCAUGAAUAAUUCAGAGAGAUCAUAUUUUGUUA